AUGUCCACAGAAUUUGAGCCACGUUAUCUUUCCUAUGACUCAAACAUUGGUAUGAGGCCUCUCUCAAUUUCCAAUUUCUUCCAUGCUGAUGAAUCAUUGGUGUUAAAACCGGAAUCAAUUUUGGCGCACUCAGAUGAGGUCCCAGAGUUUGAGACAUUCCUAACGUCGUUACAUGGAUUUGAGGACACCCUACUUUCUUUCUCAAAUGACCGACGCACGAAGGAUAUCUUGGGGUUGUUGGGUGUGAAAGUCAUCACACCCACAGAACCAGAAUGCAGCGGAUUAGUUAUGGCUUCACAUGAACUCAAUCUGACGUCCUAUGAUUUUCAAAAGCUAUGUUCUGUGUUAAGUGCUUACAGAUUUUUUGAGAUCAUUUGCCUCCGUGCAAAUUGCAUUCCAAGAGUGCCAAUCUCCACCCCUACGGCACAUAUGUUCCUGCCAGGGCCACCAAGUGUGAAGGAUGGUCUUGAGGCAUUUUCCCGUUUGCAAGACUGGCCGAAGAUGGUGAUGACGUUCAAGGAUUAUGUACAGAAAGCGACUGACGGCAUCUCGCAAUUUCGUUGUUUUGACAAUCCUUUGUUCUCCUUGAUGCACAUGGCCUCCAAGAAUGCUUUCAAGACCAAGUACCUCGCGAUCGAAGAAAACUUUCUUCUGGCUGCUAUCCACAUAGCGGCCAUCAAAAACAUUCCAUUUGCUGCCGGAACCAUACCAGAUCUCCCUGCCGAUAUGCCUUCUAUGCCACCUGGAAGUAGCGGUUUCCAAGAUACACAAUCUUACGAUUCUUUUGAACUCGAAUAUAAUGCAUUCCUCAAGAAAUGUCAAACAGAAGGCCCCCCAUCAUCAGCCCAUGUUGGCUCUCGCUCACCAUUCCAGCUGGCCUGUUUGAUAUCGCCCCUGUACCUUUUGGCGACUAUACGGUUGUCCACGAAGUCCUUUCAUCGCAGAACUGUCAUCGAUUUGGCUGCCAAGCUUGGCCCACACAAACCACCUCGCGUAUUGGCCAUUGAGAACCUGAUUUGGGACGCUCUUUUUCGUCUUGCUGAGGGCCAUACCUCAGCUUACUUGGUCCUACGGGAUUUAGCACAAUCACUGCCUUGGUCUGAUAUUGAUUCUGCAGCAAGAUGUGAUGCGGAUAAGCAGUGUUUUUCCCCUGCAUUGCUGAUGCCGUAUGCUCCUGCAAUUUCUGUUGUAGAGCCUAAGCUACUUUUGCCACCACCAUCGUCCCCGUCUGUUUCAUGUCCUAUUACGGGAUCAAAUUCUUCUGCGAACACCCUAGGAAGUAUCCCCAACACAAUUUUUGCUGAUAUCCCACUAGGAUACCACCUGCCAGUGAAUCCUCUCCAGCUCACAUCACCGUCCGCUAUGUCAACUCCAGUGGAUGCCAUGUCUGGUUCAAAAAGCUCCCCAGUUUCGAGCUCUGAACUAGCCAGCAGCUCAGGUAACCCACCUUCACCAUCUGUGCCAUGUCUUAUAUCAGAGUCUUUUGCGAACGCCUUAGCGAGGACCUUUAACACAGCUUUUGCUGGUGCUUCACUAGAAAACCACCUCCCGCUGAAACCUCUCCAGGUCACGUCACUGACCACCACAUCAACUCCAGUGAAUGCCGGGUCUCGUUCAGAAAGCCACUCUGGUUCGAGCUCUGAAUCACCCAGCACCCCGGGCAAUAUGGAUGUUGAUCAUGACCCCAAUGCGCUCGAUUUCUCGCAAAGUGUCUUUGAUGGGCAGGAUCUUCUUCAACACCGUGGUAGCUAUCUGGAUGACAAUGAUUCAGACAGCCAUCCAGAUUCGAGCUCUGAUUCGGCCAGUAGCCCAGGUAACAUGGAUGUCGAUCGUGACGAACCUGACAACGUGCCUCACGAGUCCCAUUUGGUGCAAAGUGUCUUUGAUAGGCCGGAAGUUCUUCAGUUGAAGACCGUACUUGACGUCAACCAAGCCCCGAAAAAAUCUUCACAUUCCAAAAAACCUCGCACUUCUACAAAGCAACCUUCAGCUCAAGCCAUGAAACAGCCCCGCAAUAGCAAAUCAGAGGAUUCAGAGGAUUCGGACGAUUUGGAUGAUUUGGAUGAUUUGGACGAUUUGGACAACACCCAGACUGAUGGACUGUCUUCGCAAGCUGGACACGUACAAGCUUUGAGUAAUAAGUGUCAUCGCUCACCUUCUCCUGUUGUCUUCCCCGGGCUUGGAUCAAAGGAAAACCCAAUCGAUUUGGACAAGGUAUCCUCCUUAUUUGAGCCAAUGGUGAAACGGGAACAGAUUUCUCUUCCCCUGGAAGUUGAUCCUCCAAAGGACAGAAGCAUAAAUUAUACGAUUUAUGACGUGGCAGGGCAACCUGUGUCAUUCAAGCCUAAGUUUCAUUUCCCAGUUUACCACAACCGGUUCCAUCAAUUCUUUGACCGUAUCGAGAUGUUUUAUGAGGAUGGAAAACCACUCCAUAUUGCACGUCCAGAUGAUUCCAUCAUCAAAACUUUCUCUUAUGACGAGUGGAAGACACUGACGCCUGUCCAAGUUCAACAAGAAUUGAGGAAGAAGAAUGUUGUUGUCACCGGAUGGCCUCUCAAGGACGACUUAUCUUUCGAUGAGGCUGGUUUGCAAAAAGUUGCUGGAACACCAUCACGGCAAAUCUCUAUCAAUGAUUAUUCUAUCAGGCCUUCUGGCAAUAUGUGCCGUCCAACAGUCGUAAGUGGUCGUGUACGGGAUUUGUGGGACAAUCGACAUCCAUCUGGGAAAAUUCUGAAUGCUUUGGACCUUCCGUUAUAUGAUGGCAACACGGAGCCCAAUGAGUAUGCAAGUGACCUCCAUGCAUGGGAUGUGACUCGCGGCCACCAUUGUAUUGACCCAGCCUCUCCAUACCCAACAGAGCACAUGCGUUGGGCUCUCGUUGGUCAUGAGAACGCCAUAACAUUCCUUCACAUUGAUUGUGAAGGUUUAUCCACUGAUCUUUUAGUGGUCGCUGGUGGAAAAGCAUGGGCGUUUCUUCGUGAACGUCAGGGCAAUCCUCUGUCAUCCGUCAACUUUUUCUUGAAGGAUAGCUUUCGCCUUGACGAAGUCCUGGACUCAUCCGAUUAUGACUUUGAGAUAACCAGCUUUAUGAUGCCUUGCCAACCUCAUUUUGUCUUUGGUUAUGCUCACUCAAUAUGUCUUGAUCCCGCCGCAUCUCAUUUGCCAGACAUCAAAGACUUCACUGGUUUAAUGGAUUUACUUUCAGCUUGUGUCCUCGUAAUCUUAGGGAAUGUCCUCGAUUUUAGGACUUAUCGCGCACCCUCUCAAGACGAAUACAAGAAGGCCAAUAAAAAUCAGCAGAUUCUGAUUGACCAUGAAAUCAACAGCAUCACUAUCAGGGAAAGAUUUGCCAUCUGCUAUGCUCGGGGAGUUGCUCUCCAUCUCAUUAACUGGAUACGCAUCUGCUCCGAGAUCAGGGGACCUGGAGGUGCCGUUAUCACUGACUUGCCCUCUCGCUUUUUCAUUCAGAUCACCCAAACCUUGAUCAAGUACAAAGAAGGUGCAAAUACUUCAAAGCUUGAUUUACAGGCAAAUUGCACGUUGGGCAUGCUUAUGAAGCAGAUCGAAAACAUUGUAAAGGUUGAUCCCCAUAUUCUUACUUGGUGGUCGGAACGACAUUUGCUACCUUCCGGAUCGCUGGCACUGGAGAACCAGGAGGAGUACUCUGUUCGGUGGCCUGAGUCCCGACGUAAAGAAUGGUCAAGCAUCAACCAUGAAUUCAUGGAGGAUGGUAUUACACCAUUAGACCGACUGUGCUUUGAGUCCCAACAAGAUCGUCAACAUUUUGAAUCAUCGAUGGUCAUUCCUCAUUUGAAAACGAAUUCCUCUGCCAUGCAACAUCCCCCCAAGCGUACCUGUAAGACCCACCAGACGUGCCGAAAUCCAUACCCUUACACCUGGACCCUUGGUUAUUCCAGUAGAAUAUGUGCACGUGCACCUAGCUAA